GUUGCCAAGGGCGCUAGGUUUUAAUUAACUUAAUUAAUUUUCAAUAACUAUAGUUCUCUCAGUUCUCUGAGCCUCCGGCUUCGGGUUAUUGAAAUUUUCCCCUUUAAAUCGGAGGUUAGGCCUCCGAGCAGGCUGAAGCGCCAAGAAAGAACUCCCCCGCGAGUCCUUCCACGGCCUUUCUCAUCGGGAAGUUGCCCCCACGAUGAGAAAGGCUUCGAGCUUUAGCGGCAAGAAAGGGCAGUCUCCAUCUCGCUCCUUCGCCACCCCUCGGAGGGACUGCUGGUUCCCAGAGUCCGACAUCCAGGACAAGGACUUCGGGAAGCUCCACAAAGCUGCCUCGGUCGGGGAUGUGGCGCAGGUCCAGGACGAUGUGAAAGAUCUGGAUGAAGUGAAACACUUCUCUGACAAAUCAGGGGCUGAUGAUUCCUGGCCAAUCAUAGAUGAGGAAGAAUUAGAUUUUACUGAGAAGAAGCCCUCUGAUUUGAACUUAAUGAAAAUAAUAAAUGCUUCUCAGCAAAUAAGAAAAAAAACGGAUGAAAAGAAUAGCACGGUGAGCACAGAACAAAUACCAUUUCUUGGGCAUCAUCAGUCAACUGUUGAAAAAAAAGAUAUGACAGAAUCCCUUCCUAAGCCUUCAUCUCAAGCCCAGUGCUCCCCUCAUCCUGUCCAUCCCUCAUCAAGCUCCUUUUCGAAGCCUUCCUGUAUGAUAUCCACUCUUCUGGCCAUUGAUAAGGAAGAAUCAAUACACUCAAAGAUGGAAGAAAAGAAAGAUAAUGUAUUAGUUGAUGAGGAAACUAGAAAACAAACAUCUCACAAAACUCCAAAUAUUCACAGUACAUCAGCAAAAAGUGGGGUUAGAAAAGGUAAGUUAUCAUUUUCACAGGAACAAAGUUUAAAUGCUUAUAUUAAUGAUGCAAAUGGAAUAAGAGAUCAGUCUAAAGGAAAUUCCAUUUGGAAGCCCAUUCAACCUACUCUUGAAAUCAAAGAUUCUUUCACAAACCAAGAAAUAGAAAAGGAAGUUAAAGAAAAACAAAAGUCAGAUUCAACACAAGAACUGGAAUUUAAAGGAUUGUCAGAGGGGAGCCGAGAAUGUUUUGAUAAAAGUGACCAGAAACAGGUUAAAGAGGAAAUGAAAAAGCAUCAACACAAUGAAGUGGAAACAUUGAAGGAAAAAGAUGGUGAUAAAUUAACUGAAAGUAGAACAACUGGCAAAGUUAAUGAGCUAUUUUCUAUGGAGAGCAAUCAGCAUGGUAAACAUGAGGAAAAUAAAAUCCCUGGGGAAAAAAUUCCAAUAAAGAGCAUUUCUUUUUCAAAGGAAAAUUCAGUACCUGUGCAUUAUUUUCUAAAAGGGAAAAAUGUAAAAAAGACUCAAAAUGAUAAAUGGAUUGUCAAGGAUCCUGGUAUGACUUCAUCUCCUGAAAAAGUGAAUUCCUCAUCUGGUAUUCUAUACCAUAGUCAUGACAGCAGUUUAAGUGAAGCAGAUCAUUAUGAAUUAAGGCCUGCAAAGAAAACAUUGGAUGGAAAGAAUAAGGAUAACGUAUUGAUAUCUUCAGAUUAUCUUGAUGAUCUUACUCAGUCAUCUGACAUAGCUACAGAAGAUUAUGAUUUGCCUCCUUCAAACUAUAAGAAUGUUAUAUUAUUGAUUGAACAACUUAGUGUUGAUUGUAAAGAUUCUGUUCACUGUCUGAAAAUUCAGGAUGCAGUUCUUAAAUAUGAACGAUCAGUAGAACUUAAAAAAGCACGAUGCAUAGAACUUGAAAGAAAAGUUAAGAGUUUAGAAAACAAGAUUACUGGACUACUGGAAGAAUUAUCAGAAACAAGAAAAAUAAAAUCCCAGUUGGAAUAUCAAAAAGUAGAAUGGGAUAGAGAACUCUACAGACUCAGGUUUACACUAAAACAAGAGAAAGAAAGCCACUCAAGUACAGAAAUGCUAUUUGAAAAAAUUGGGGAGCAAUUAAAAAGAAAAGAAGAAGAAUAUAGUAAAGAAGUAGAUUUAAAACAUCAACUUGAAUUCAAGCUUAGAACUUUGGACCAAGAACUGAGAACAGUAAGAAAUAAUUUUAAACAGGUUGAAGAAGAACGAAAUAAUGCUCAAAGACAACUUUCUCGGGAGCAAAGUGCCAGAGUUUUACAAGAUGGAAUUCUGAAUAAUUAUCUUUUGAAGCAGAAGGAAAUUGAAGCAGCUGCUUCCAAAAAGAUUCAGAGUUCUGAGGGUCAAGAAAAUGAAAAAUGUCUGCUGCAUAAAAACCAAACCCUACAAAAUGAAAUUGUGAAACUUAAACUGGAACUAGAAACAUUAAAAAUUCAGAAUCAGGAAAAAGAAAAUCGAUAUACUGAAGAAAAUGAAGUUUUAAAAAAAAACAUUGAUGAAGUUCAAAAGGAAUUAACACUGAAAGAAGAAGCAUUACAAGAAACAAUAUUCCAAUACAGUGGACAAGUAAAUGUUCUAACAACUGAGAAGGCAAUGCUGAAAUCUAGAAUGGAGAAUGGAAAACAAAAUAGAGACAAACUAGAGAAAGAAAUUGAAUCAUACCGUUCCCGAUUAGAUUCUGCUAUUCUUAAUCAUAAACUAAGUCAGACUGCAAAAAUAGACCUUGAACAUACCUUUCAGCGAAAACGAGAUGAGUGGCUUCGUUUAAAGGAAAAACUAAAAGCUAGCAAUGGUGUCCUUUCUCAAGAGCUUUCUAAAGCUGGAAGAAAAGUUAAUAGUUUAGAAAAUGAGCUACACCAAGUACGUGAUUCCCUCAGAGAAAAGACACUAGUUUUAGAAAAUGCACAGAAACAAUUAAAUGAAACCCAACAUAGAGCAAAGAAACUUGAACACACAAAUGAAAUGGAAAAGGAAAAACUGAACAAAUAUAUUGUCAAACAACAAUCCAUCCAAGAAAGAUUAGCACAAAUCCAGGGUGAAAAUAGAUUGCUUCUACAACAUCUUGAAGAUAGUCAGAACAAAGAUGUUGUUAUAGAAAAGGUAGUAAAUGAUGUCCAGGUAGAGUUUAGGGAUCUCUUCAAUAAACUUCUUACUGAUACUGAAGAACAGGUUCAUGUAGUAGAAGAGAGAAAUAAAGAGUUAAUCGAUGAAUGUAACCACUUACGAGAGCAAAUGUGUAAAUAUGAAAGUGAAAAAACAGAAAGAGAGAGUACAAUAAGAAAGCUUCAACAAGAACUUGCUGAUUCCCUAAAAAAACAAUCUGUGACUGAAGCUUCACUAGAGGUUACAUUGGGUCAUCGAAAUGAUUUGGAAGCUAAGAAAAAGGAACUACAGAAGGAAAUAUAUCAUAUCAAAAGUAAACUGCAAGAAUCUCAAGAACGGCACAUACAGUCACAGCGAUCCAUUAAAGAAUUAGAAGGUCAUAUAGAAAAGUUUCAAAUUGAAAAUGCCAGGUUGGAAGCUACAGUAAAACAGCAAUUGUGUAAAAUUGAAGAACUUCAGGAAAACAUUUUGUAUUCUGCUUCACUUGGUACUGAAAGGGAAAAAAUAAAGAAACUAAUUGAGACGAAGAAGUUCCUGGAAAAUCAUCUAGAGCAAGAAAUAAAGAGAAAUUGUGAGUUACAGAAAGAUGUCAAUGGAUUUAAACUGCUGUUGAAAACAACAAAAAAGAAAUUAAGAGAAUAUGAAAAAGGAUAUGUUGUUUUCCAGGAAGAACUGAAUCAAACACAUUCUGAAGUGGAUAAACAAAUUAAUAGGUUAAAAAAUAAGAAUGAAGACCUCACACUACAAUUGGAAGCAACAUCUGCGAAAUGUAUACAGUUGGAAUCAAUGAAUAGAAGUCUUCAAGAAGACUUAUUUUCUAUGAAAAGCUUAGAAAAGAAAUGUGACGCGUUGGACAGGAAUAAAAGACAAUUGGAGGAAGAAGUAGUUAAUCUUAAACUUCAUUUAGAGAUUACUAAAAUACAACAGUGUCAAGUAUUACAGUAUAAACAGGAGAUUGAAGAACAAGCAAGGCAGGAGAUGGCAGAAAAACUAAAAAAAGUCAAUCUAUUAUUACAGAAACAAGCAACAGCCCAAGAUUAUUUAGAACAAUCAAGAGAAACUAACAAUGUUUUAAUAAGAAACCAAAUGGAACAUCGAAUUCGAGAUUUGGAAGCUGAAUUCUCCAAAAUGAAAAACUCACGUGAAGACUCUAAGGCAGAACUGGAUAGAUAUAGAAAGCUUUAUUGUGAAGAAUUAAAACUCAGAGAAACAUUAUCAGACAAAUUAGAUGGAACUAAUGAGAGAUUAGCUGAGAUAAGUUCCAGACUACUGAAUGAAAAACAAAAAAGUCCAACUUUAAUCAGCAGACUUACUACUACUACAAAUCCAGCUCAAGAGUCCCCUCAUGUUGGGAUUUUUGAUAUUACUAUGGUCCUUCCUACAAGAAAUUCAGUAUAUUCUCCUGGAAACAUAGGAUCUUCAGAAAAUGACAUGGAGGCCUACUUUGCAAAGAUGCGGGAGGAGUUGGACAAAAGUAUAAACAAGGAACUUGAUGAAGGUAAUGCUGAACUUGAACCUAGAAUUUGCUUGGCUUCUCCCAUGGGAGCUAUUUAUCAGUCCCCAGGAAUGCCAAAUCUGAAUCAAGAUCCAGUUUCCAGAGCAACUCAGGAAUACUUAGAGGUUUUAAGAAAAAAUUACACGUUUUAAAUAAAGGAAGAAAUAAUGUGCACUUAUGAAAUAAGCUGUGAGAAAUAAUUUAUU